CACACAGAUAUCAGAGGAUAAAGAAUCAAACGCUCCUGAGGACCUGGGUGCGUUUGGUUGAUAUCUCCUUACCUCCAGAGUCCACGCAGGGAGGCGGGCUAAUGAUUGAGGGUCAGCUGGUUGCUGAUUGACUGAAGCUUCAGAGACAGACUGGAGAGGAGAUUUGUGCUGCGCUCUCGUCUUCUUCACUUGUUUUAUUCCUCCUGAAACUUUCUCCUCCUGCUCCUCGACCCGGCUGCUCAGCUCCACCCAACCGGUUCUUCCUGUCAGCAGACUCCACCCAACACCUGACACCUUAAAUCCACUGUUUGAGUUCUGCAGCAGACGAGGAGCUCAGUGAGACUUUACUUGGCUUAUUAUCUGGGACCAGAACCUUCCCUUCAGCAGGACCAGGACCACCAGGACCACCAGGACCAGGACCACCAGGACCACCAGGACCACCAGGACCAGGACCACCAGGACCACCAGGACCAGGACCACAGAGAUCAGCUCAGGAACUGCAAGAGUCUUGCAGCAAUGGCUGAUGGGAAGCGGCGGCAGGGCGGCACGGCGGUGCCUCUGGACGGAGGUUGGGGCUGGGUGAUCGUUGGCUGCUGCUUCAUGGUGACGGUCUGCACACGUGCAGUGACCAGGUGUGUGUCCAUCUUCUUCGUGGAGUUUCAGGCUCAUUUUGGAGCCGAUUACUCUGCCACAGCCUGGAUCCACAGCCUGGUGGACUGCAGCACCAUGCUCUGUGCUCCUGUUGGCAGCCUGGUUGGGAACCGUUGGUCCUGCCGGGUGGCUGUGAUGCUCGGUGGACUCCUCUCCUCCUGUGGACUCCUCCUCAGCUCCUUCAGCACCAGUCUGGAACUCCUCUACCUCAACAUGGGAGUCCUCACAGGUCUGGGCUUCGCUCUGUGUUACACCCCGGCCAUCGCCAUGGUUGGCUGCUACUUCCAGCGGCGGAAGGCGUUGGCGUACGGGAUCGCCAUGUCUGGCAGUGGGAUCGGCACCUUCGUGUUGGCGCCGCUGGUGCAGCUGCUUAUCGAGCUGUACUCGUGGAGGGGGGCACUGCUCGUCCUCAGCGCCUUCGUCGCCAACCUCUGCGUGUGCGGGGCACUGCUCCGACCGAUCCCGCUGCAGGAGGACGAAGACGAGGCGAAGGAAGAGGACGGAGACGAGAAGCUUAGCGAGGACGCGGAGCUGGCAGUAAAACUAUCCAAAGAAUCAGAGGACAGCCUUUUGUCAUCGCAGCUGCAAAGGAGGCGGUGCUUCGGCUCUGGCUUCCUGUCCAGUAAGGAGUACCGUUUCCUGCUGCUGCCGGACUUCCUGGGUCUGGCCGUGUCCUUCCUGUUUCUGGCCAGCGGCUGCAGCCUCCCCUUCGUCUACCUGGUGCCCUACGCUCUGAGUGUCGGGGUCCGCCACCAGCAGGCCGCCUUCCUCAUGUCCAUCCUGGGAGUCAUCGACAUCGUGGGCAACAUCACCUUCGGCUGGCUGACGGACCGCAGGUGUUUGAAGCCGUACCGUCUGGCGUGUUACGUCUUCUCGGUGGGGAUGGAGGGUCUCUGCUGCCUCCUCGUGCCACUGCUCCGGUCCUUCCCGCUCCUCGUGCCCUUCGCCGUCCUCUACGGGUACUUUGACGGUGCCUAUGUGGCGCUGAUCCCCGUGGUGACGUCGGACCUGGUGGGAGCUCCGUACCUGUCCUCGGCGCUGGGCGUGGUCUACUUCCUCCACGCCAUCCCCUACCUCAUCAGCCCGCCAAUCGGAGGUUGGCUGGUCGACGUCACAGGAAGUUACACGGGCACCUUCUUCCUCAGUGGUGCCGCCAUGCUCGCCAGCUCCCUCGUCCUCUCCAUCGUCUUUGGGAUACGGAGUUACUGCCGUCGGCUGUCCGCCGUCGCCAAGGACGCCAGGCGCAAGCCCCUCCCUGCCAUCCUGUCUGACCAAUCGGAUUGCUUCAUGGCUUUCAACAAGGAGGCCGUCAGUCAGACCGCCGCCUCGUAGCCUCAAAGGGAGCAAACUGUCGAGGGCUGUGAUUGGCCGAGGCAGAGUCUGCUGAAGGCCAGUGGAAUCAACACUGUGACAAACUCUAUGCUUUUAUUUUGUAGCCACGGGAGAGAAGGCCGAACUUCCUGUCUGGAGAAUUGUUUGUUUUAAAGCUCGUCGUCAGCUCGGUCACAUGACAGCGACGGACAUUUCAGUUUAAGAGCUGAGUCGCUCACUGGUCGAGCUACAGUGUGAAUGAAUCAGCAGUUUCAUAAAGUGGCUGUAAAUAUAAUUUAAUUUAAUUUCAGUGGAUUUAAGUGAAGCUGCUCUUUAGUGUCUUUAUUCAACUGUUCGGUUCCUAAGCCCCGCCCCUUUGCCCUCUGUGCUCCAGUAAGAUGUGAUCAUAUCUAUUGAUCACAGCGUUCUGUUAACAUUAGCUAACUUAAGAUGUGAUCAUAUCUAUUGAUCAUAGCAAGCUAACACUGAAUGCAGAUUAUCUAAUGAGUUAGCUCGUGUUUAUCUAACUAAAUGUGAUGUAAAGGGGCGGGACUUAAGAAGGGUCAACAGAGCCGAAAUGAUUGGUCGAUUAAUUGAUCGACAGAAUAUUAAUUGACACCUGUUUUUAUAAUCGAUUAAUCUUUAAGAUAAAAGUGCCAAAAGUUGAAAAUGUGAAUAUUUUAUGUUUUUCUGUGUUUUAUUUCACAGUGAAUUGAAUAUGUUGACUCACUGUAACGGGCAUUGUUCUUAAUUGUUACAAUUUUAUACCUCAAAUGAUUGAUUGAUUGAUUGAUUGAUUGAGAAAAUAAUAGUUAGCUGCAGCGCUACAGAGGAGACGCAUAGGCUCGUUAAUUAACUGCUUCAGUCAGAAAAAGGAAACUACUGAUUAAUUAAAUCAACAUUGAUCCUCUGAAGACCGUAGAGCUGUGGACUACGGAAGAUUUAAAAUGCCAAAAUAAAAACAAACCAAGGAAAUAAAGUAAAAAUAUAAUAAAUGUUAUGUGUAUUUUAUCUUGUGUUCACUGUGCUGUAGUAAAUAUCUUCGUCUUAAAUAACUGAAUGAAUUGUGUUUGAAUUUAAUUGUGACAUUAAUUUUGGACCCAGAAAACAAAGAUAUGUAUAUUAAUUAUAACAUUGUUAGUAUACAUAAAAACAACAACAAACAUUAAAGAAAUCAAACAUG